CUGUAUAAAAGGGUUUUAAGCCCAAUCGUGCACACACAAAAAAAGAGAAUAAAGUAGACAAGAUAGCCGCAGAGAAAUUAGGAAUGCAACAAGGAGACGAUGAAGAAGAUUUUAUCAGAUCUAAUAGUUACAAUGGCGUACCUUUGCGACAAUCAAUAGGGAAGAAAGUGGAAAAUGAUAUUGAUUUCAGCCACCUUCCUUGGAAUGUGCUUGAUACCAUUUCCCAUAAACUAAGUUUUGAUGAGCUAUUUGAUUUUGCAAGUGUUUGCAAAGAGUGGAGGGUAGUUAAGAAGAUUUAUUGGAAAAACUUUCUAGAAUCUCAUUCACCAUUACUUGUGGAAACAACAUCAUAUGCUAAGAAAUUUUAUUCUUUUUAUAGCAUACCUGACCAACGAGCCUACCUCUCUGAAAUGAGCUAUUUUUGGGGAUUGUUCUAUUGUGGUUCUUCCAGUGGAUAUCUAAUCAUGGCAGGCAACAAUAUACUUCAACUAAUGAAUCCAUUUACAAGAAAGCAGAAGAUUAUUGAUAUCUCAACAAUUGUAAAUGAGUUGAAUUAUUAUGCUUGUCGAGUCUUACUUGCUUUUGCGAAAGGAUCUGGUGAGUUUGUCAUAGUGGCUUCCUGCAAAUGUUUGUUCAGCUUGCAUGUCUAUCAGUCACGAAAUUCUAAUUGGGAAACUUAUAUUAAAAGAGGGAAUCCAUGGAAGGUUGUGGACUUUGUUGUUUUUCAUAAUAUAAUUUAUGUUAUCACUAACAAAGCUGAAAUCGGGGUACUUAGCUUGAACUCUUCAAGUUUGAAAUUUCUAAAGCUAGAAAAUACUCCAAACAUAACUUCUUCUUACCUUAAGUUACUUAAUUGUGAUGGGAAGCUUCUAGUUGUUGAUUUUACACCAGGGAGACAAUUGGAUGUCUACAAGAUAGACUUGGGAACAAUGAGUUAUGUCAAGGUACAAACUUUGGGUGAAAUUUCAUUAUUUUAUUCGCGUAACAAAUGUUAUGCAAUAGAGAACCCAAGAAAAUGGGGCUAUGAGAACAACUCUGUGUAUUACAUUAAUUGUAUGACUACAGAAUGUGAAGUAUAUUCAGGGAGUAGUAAUGAACUGCUGAAAUGCAUUAUGCCAUCUGGUAGACGUCGACCUCGUCGUAGAUCAAGUAGAUCAAGAACUUAUUGGCUAGAUUGGUGUUUUCGAAAUCUUCAUGAUGAAGUAGAUUACUCUCUUGUUGAGUAAUUUGUUAACUUUUGCACUAUGUAACUUGUUGUGUGACCUUCAUGUUUGGAUCAUAUUGUUCUCUGUAUUUCCCUUUUAUUUCCUUAUACUUUAAGUAUAGUAGAAACUUUUGUUAUGGUUUCUUUAGUUUCAAAAUAUUAGCUUAAAUUAUGUGGCUUUUGAUGAAUAUUACUUGUGAACAUGGCGAUUUUUUGGGGUUAUCUAAAAUAUCUUGGAAGUUUUAGGCAUAAAAGGCCUAU